UGUGUAUUCGUGUAGUACGGCAGUAAAUGUCAGUAUUUUGCAGGUCUUAUUGAACCAUCCAAAUUCAACUAUUUUAUAAUAACAGUAAAAUUGUAUCAGGACUAUGCAGUCGUUACUUUACCGUUAAUAAGCCUAAGGCGGAAUUUGGAUUGAGACAAAUGAGAGGUUUACUUGUCAACGACGUUCCAAAAUAUUUCGUUAUUUUAGUAUGGCUUCUGAUCAAUGGAUUACUAUUUGGAGUUACCUGGCAAAAGUACAACAGGGAGAAAACAUACUUUUAUACAAGAGUUGUUCUUGGUAACACACUCGCAAUAUCAAGAAGUGCAGCUGCAUGCAUGAACUUCAAUUGUAUGUUGAUAUUAUUACCAGUUUGCAGAAAUUUAUUGUCGUUUGUCCGAGGAUGGGCGGUUUGUUGCCCGGGGCGAGCAAGGCGAAUCUUGGACAAGAACGUAACAUUUCACAGACUAUGCGCUUACAUGAUUGUUGGUCUAUCUCUUUUUCAUUUUUAUGGGCAUUCGUACAACGUCCAUCGUUUUUCAAUGUCACACAACACAAAAGUUGACGAUGCAAGUGACGAGACAGACACUAAACAAUCAACCAAGUUGUUGGUAAAGUUGGUUUCUAUAGGAAAUGGGGAUGGAGAGACCUAUUUAGAUCCAAUAAGACAACCUACCUAUCCGAUAAAAUCAGUAUUUUUGCUGACUGGCGGGUGGACUGGACUUAUUAUGAUUGCGAGUCUCUUUUUUAUGGUGACCUCAUCCACUGAAUUUAUACGUCGUUCAUAUUUUGAAGUUUUUUGGUACGUACAUCAUUUGUUUAUUGUUUUCUUUGGGUUUCUCAUAUUCCACAGUAUAGGAAAGCAGGUCAGAGGGCAGACGAACGUUGAUAAGCACGAUCCUGAGUAUUGCAGUAAGAUUGAUCCCUAUACGGGAUGGGAAAAUGAUCGAAAAUGCUCCACACCUCCAGUUUUUGAAGGUGGCAUGCCUAUUACAUGGGUUUGGAUAAUGGCACCUAUAUUUAUAUACAUUUGUGAAAGAAUAUUACGAUUUGUCAGGUACCUGCAGCCUGUAAAAAUACUGAAAGUGGUCAAACAUCCGUCAAAAGUUCUCGAAAUUCAAAUGAGGAAGACUGAUUUUCAUGCAGAGGUUGGGCAGUACAUAUUUAUUCAAUGUCCUAAGCUUUCACGACUGGAAUGGCAUCCAUUUACUUUAACAUCUGCACCCGAAGAAGAUUAUUUUAGCGUUCAUAUUAGAAUUGUUGGAGACUGGACCUCAGGCCUCAGUGAAGUUUUAGGUGCAGAUGAAUAUGCUGAGAUUCAACCAUCUUGGAAAAUACCACGCAUCGCGGUGGAUGGUCCAUUCGGUACAGCCAGCGAAGAUGUUUUCGAUUAUGAUGUUGCCUUAUGCGUUGGAGCUGGAAUUGGCGUGACUCCAUUUGCAUCACUACUGAAAUCAGUGUUUUACAAAACUGUUAACGAGAGCGGUCCCAUGCGACUGAGAAAAGUGUAUUUCUUUUGGGUUUGUCCUGACACACACGCAUUUGAGUGGUUUGGAGAUAUGCUAAUGCAUCUCGAAAACCAGCUGGCUGAAAGUGGUUGCAGAGACCUUAUUGAAUACAACAUAUAUUUAACUCGAGGUUGGACUGCCGGCCAAGCAAAAGCUAUUUUUGUUCACGAAGAGGAUCAACGUGAUGUCAUUACAGGUUUGGAACAAAAAACCAAUUUCGGUAGACCUAAUUGGGACGACAUAUUCUCUCGAAUUGCCGAUAUGCACACCGAAAGAGAAGUAGGAGUAUUUUUCUGUGGAGCUGCUUCCCUUUCUAAAAUUCUGCAUAAAAUGUGCAACAAACAUUCUUCUGCGUCUAAACGAGUCAGUUUUCAUUAUAAUAAAGAGAAUUUUUAAGAAAUUUUAUUUAUCAGCAUUUUGAUUUUAAUAUGCUCUAUGCAAUUUUACGCAUUAUUCAUGUACAGACCAUGUCCCAAAGAGAUUAAAUGUUCAUUUCAGUUUUGAAACUUUACAGCAGUUCGUUGGUAUU